AUGGCGGCGGCGCUGGAGCGGGCGCUGGGCCCGGCGGCAGCGGGGCGAGGCUCGGAGGCGGCGCUGCCGCCGCUGCCGGUGCUGGUGCUGGGCCCGGCGGGCUCGGGCCGCACCUCGCUGCUGCUGCGGGCGGCGCUGGCGGGCGGCGCGGACGGGCCCCGCGCGCUGUUCCUGGCGCCCAGCGCCGUCCCGCGGCUGCCGGGAGGCCCCGGCGGGGCCGGCACCGACCCGCGGGCGCUGCAGCGCCUGCAGCUGCGCUACCCCCGCUCUCGGCUGUCUCUGUGUCGCGAGCUGCUGUCGCUGUCGCUGUCGCCGCCCGCGCCGCCGUCGCUGCUGCUGGUGGACGGGCUGGAGCGCUACGCGGGGCCGUGCCCGGGCGCGGCGGCGCGGCUGGCCGCGCUGCUGCUGCAGCUGGGGCGCCGCCCGCGCCGCCCCCCGCCGCAGGUGGUGGCCGCGCUGCGCCUGCCGCCGCCCGGGGGCCCGCCCGUGCUGGGGACGCUGCUGCGCUUCUUCCCCGCGCGAUGUCACCUGAGCCCGGCCCGCGGGGACGGCCCGCGGCACGCGCGGGUGGCGCUGCGCUGCCCCGGGACACCGCCCCGCCGGUGGCGGCUGCGCCUCGGGGACAGCGGCGGCGACAGCGGCAGCGGGGACAGCGACGGUGACAACGGCGGGGACAGCGGCGGGGACAGCGACAGUGACAACAGCAGGGACAGCGGCGGGGACAGCGACGGUGACAACGGCGGGGACAGCGGCGGGGACAGCGACGGUGACAACGGCGGGGACAGCGGCGGGGACAGCGGCGGCGAGGAGGAGUGGGCGUGACACGG